AUGGAUUUGCGCACGAUUAUGAACAACGAUGCCUCGGGCACUUCGGAUGCUCCAUCAACUGCUCCUCUCCAGUCUCCGUCGCAAGUGUCGCGUAGGCCUUCGGAUCCCAUGUAUGCUCCCCGCGACCAACAACGGACCUCCUCCUAUCCAUCUGCCUAUUCGAGUCACCCCCCUCAGCCUCCGCCCCUACAACGUCCUCAUGCCUCCCCAGAACGUUCGUCUUCAUACGGAUCGCUCCAAUCGCCCUAUCAAUACCACCCUCCCUCCGCACAGGGUGCAGGCGCACAAUCUCAGCGCGGCCCAAGUCCUCCCCCCUAUGGUUCCUCCACCUCGCGUGACUCCUUCUCAACCUAUGGGCAUCCCCAGCAGCAGCAGCAGCAGCAGCAGCAGCAGCGCUCGCAAUCCAUCCAGUCUGUCCUGACCCCCUCAUCCACCUCCACCUACUCAUUCCAUCCCAGGGAAAGCCCGCCAGCGGCUGCUUCGCAGUCUUACCCGUCACAGCAAUUCUCCCCUCCAGCCCAAGGAUCCGUACCCAAUACACCGCGAGGUUCUGUUGCUGCAUCUUAUACCCGCCAAACGCCCCCGUCUGCGCGCCCCCAAUCCUCCGGCCAUGAAUCCUUGUCAAAUCGUGCCUCAAGCCCGUGGGUUGGUCCGGAUGCUCAGGUUCAAAUGUCGCCAACGGCGAUGCCCCGUGUCUCGCGACAGGAUUCAAGACCGCUAGAACAAACCCCGAGACAAAAUUCUUCGGCGACCGAUAGAAGGGACUCGGAUGAGAGUGUUAGUCCGAAAACCGCUUUUCCUUCUGGGUCUCGGCAAGGGAGCACGGCCGGAUACACCGACCUAGCGUCCUCUUCUCAACCGAAGCCCACCGAAAAUGGUGUCUCCUUGAAGGAAAGCCCGCCCAACCUCCAAACACCCCAGCCUGCCCCAGCAGCCUCAAACUUUGACAGCUCACCGCCCGCUCGGAAAUCUCUGACAGACGAUUCCUCUGCGAUCGAUCAAGCCCGCCCGUUGCCAACAAAGAUGGACCUGACUCCAGAUGCAAGGGCCAGUUCAAGUCCGCAAGCAUCCAGAGUGAAGAGGAGGCGUUAUGAAGAACCGCCAAUCUAUGCCCGAAGAUCAGUACGCACCAAAGGGAGGAUUCCGAUGAUCCCAAACCGCUGUCCACCGAUCCCGAAGCAUGCGAGAAAUUCGACGCAAAAUCCCUUCCUAAUGCGCCAACAAAACGUUUCAGCCCAGGCUUCCGCCGCAAAUUCUCCAGCCAAACCCAAAAGCGAGACACCACCAGUUAGUGGCCCUUCGGCCCCCCGGCGGCCUCCAGAGCCUGCUCAGGCAGGAAGCUUGGGACCGUGGGAACCCUCUAUCUAUGGGUAUAUCCCGCACGAGGAGGUCACAAAAACGGUCUGCGAUUUCUUGUUCCAACAUGUGGUUAUGAGGAACGACGCGACUGCGGCUCCUGCUGGUACGGCAGCAGCCGGUCAGGGAGCAAUGAUCGAGGUAGAAGCCAAGCUGGGACAGCUCGUUGACAUGGACAGGGGUGAGAGACUUCUCUUGCCCAUCUCGACCGAAGGUAUUGUGAAUAAGGAAAACACCCGCUUGCGAACUGCGUUCGAGAGCACGAUGACAUUAGCACAACACCGGGCAAUGAAUAACUUUCUGAACGAAGCCGUGAAGAUGUCUAUGCCGCAAGCUAACCCAGGACGCAUCCCAUUAUCGUACGCACAUAAGAAGGAGCGGGAUACCUUUUACGAAAUAUCACCAUCAGAGCUUCCACCUGUGAUUAGGCAGAAUCUUAAUCCUCGCCACAAACCCAAGGUGCGAGUAACUUUAGACCAACGAACGGGCGAGGUCCUCGCAAAGAUCGUGAAAUGCCGAAUUGCCGACCUUGAUGUCUACAGCCCUCGCACAUGUGUUGAUUGGCGAAUUAGCGUCAACCUGGAAAUGAGUUAUGAAGGCGAUGUCAGCCACCUCACCGUGGUAGAUCCCGGUCGGGGACGCGGCGGAGAGCGAAACAAGGAUCGUAUGAGCUAUCGGCAUCUUGCAUACCAGAUCGACCUUACACAAGUGGCCAAAUCUGAACCAUCAUCCAAAGGCGAAUUCGAACAUGAACUCGAAGUUGAAAUCUCCGCCGCUGAGAUCCGCCGUCAGGGUCAGCUUGCCAUGGCUGGCGACCCUAAGAACCAAUACGAAGAGCUUGUUAAGGGAUUUGUGGAUAAUAUUCGCAUCCUUGCACGAGCAGUGCCUCCAUAA